CGUCAAAAAAGUGAUAGUGAUAGAAUUCCGAGAAAGUAAAAUCCAUUGCUGCAGAAAAGCGUGUUUUAUAAUUUUAUUUCGUAUUUUUUGAUUUCGGUGAGAUAAGUGAGCAGAAUGGACGACGAUUUACCGACCGAUUUCCAGGUCAUCGUGGUUGGGACAGGUAUGGUGGAGUCUAUCGUGGCUGCAGCAUGCAGUAGGAUAGGCAAGAAUGUGCUCCACCUGGACUCAAGCGACCACUACGGCGGGCUGUGGGCCUCAUACAACUUCGACGGCCUACAGAAGUUCAUCAAAGAAGUCAACUCCGACCCCAAACGUCAGCUCCAAGUGUACAACUUAGCCGAGAAGUGGUAUAUUGAGAAAGAUGCGCCCCAAGAAGAACCGAAUGAAGGAGAGGAUGCCAAACCCGACCCCUCCAAGAAAGUAUGGAGCCAAGCGAGCUUUGCCGCCGAGUAUAGGAAAUUCAAUAUUGACAUGACACCUAAGCUACUCUACUCCCGAGGGCCUCUAGUAGAGCUGCUGAUCUCGUCAAAUAUCGCCCGUUACGCCGAGUUCCGCUGCGUGACCCGAGUACUGACGUGGCUGGAAGACCGCCUCAUGCCGGUGCCCUGUUCACGAGCUGACGUUUUCUCCACUGAGGCGGUCAGCAUCGUCGAGAAGCGCAUGUUGAUGAAAAUGCUCACUUCUAUUGUCGCCUACAAUGAGGAGGAAAUGAAUAAUGAGUUUAAGGACUGGAACACCAAAACGUUCAAGGAGUACCUCACGAACAAGGGCUUGACUCCGAAUCUAAUCCACUACGUGUUGUACGCGAUCGCGGGCGGCAACAACUCCAUGCUCUGUUUAGACGGCGUGCGCGAGUGCAAGAAGUUCCUCAUGAGCCUCGGCCGCUACGGAGGCACACCCUUCCUCUGGCCCAUGUACGGCAGCGGGGAGCUGCCUCAGUGCUUCUGCAGAUUGUGCGCGGUGUUCGGCGGCGUGUACUGCCUGAACCGGCCGAUAGACAAGGUGGCGACGAAGACGGUGGACGAGGGCAAGACAGUCGUCACCAUCGACAGCAAGAGCAAGACGCUCAACUGCGACCACCUCGUCAUCGGCAUCAACGAGUGCCCCAAGGAGCUGAUAUCCCCGGAGCCAGUAGAAAGCCGCGACAUAUCUAAGGCUGUGUUCAUCACGAACGGCAGUAUCAUGCCGAGCGAUAAGGAGCCGCUCACACUACUGCGGUUCCCGCCGCUGGGUGACAACGACCACUCCGUCACGGCCCUCGAAGUCGGGCCCGCUACGGGCUCCUGUCCUAAGGGAUUAUUCGUGGUGUACUUCAUAGCUAACAAAGACAAGGACGCGGAAACCGACCUGUUGCCGUACGCGGAGAAGAUAUUCGACAUGGGUGACCAGCCCGACUCCGGGAAACCUAAGUGCCUGUGGUCGCUGAUGUACAACGUGGCGGACACGAGCGCGGCGGUGGCCAGCAGCGAGCCCAGCGUGCACGUGUGCUCGGGGCCCGACGCGGGGCUGGACUUCGACCGCGCCGUCCACCAGGCCGAGCAAAUCUUCAAGAAGAUCUGUCCGGGCGAGGAGUUCCUGCCGCGCGCGCCCGACCCAGAGGAGAUCGUGUUCGAGGAUGACGUCACACACGGGCCCGAGUUCCAGGGGGACGCCGACGACCACGACGCCAAGGAGUAGCCCGGCCGCGGCCGCCGCACAGCUUGAAAUGACGCCAACUGUAUGCUAAAGUUACGCACUCUUAGUUAGAUACACCGGCUUAUAGUUUUAUUUUUAAUUCGAUUCAAUAAGUAAAGAACACCAUACUUGUAAAGUCAAAGUUUAUAACUACGAUAUUAAGAAAACGAAAACAGAUUUUUACUUUAAUAUGAUAAGUACUGUACUGUUAGGCAGAGUUGUUACUUAUGGUUGCUGUUGUUACAUUGGCUGUACGUAGGAUGGAUCGUUUAUUUGUCGUAUUAAACCUCACAGAAUUUAUAGAUGGGAGUUGCCAGUAAAGUACAUGAACGAACGGUUUGCAUAUUGUUAUGAAACGAACAGUUUUUUUGGUAUGUGUUUAUAAGAGACGUUAUUUUUUUCAGAUUGCACACACACAAAAAAAAAGUGGCAGCAGCCCAAAGGCAAUUCAGGUUCAUAAUUUCUGAUUAUAAAACCGUCAUUCACAUACUGAUUAAACCAAAUUAAGUAUAUGAAUGAAGCAGAUUGUAACGAUCCUUAUAUGAGCCCUUUGACAGAGAAACAUAGGGCUAUGACAUGACUGUUUUGUCAUAAUCACGUACAUUGUGUUCAUAAGAGAUUAACUAUAAAAACAAAAUUAGUGGAAAAUAUCAAUUUCUUCAAAUAUUUUCUAACAUUGGAAGAAUUUUAAACGACUGUUCUUACUUUUUGUUUACCACUACGAGGCUAUCAAUAAGAAAAAUAGGGAUUGAUUUGUAGAUAGGUACCUGUGAAAUUACCUAUAUACACCAGUAGGCUCUGCACGGCAACCGCGCCGACCGCAGCGCGAAUUAUAUCGAGGCCUUCGACCAAUAGCCGUUUGACGAUAGAUAGCAUUCGUAUCGUUUAUUGGUCGAAGCGCUCAAUAUAAUUCGCGUUGCGCGCGGCGCGGUUGUCAUGCAGACCCGGCUGGGUACAUUAAAUAUUUAAAAUAUGACUAACGAUAAACAAGUUUCUCAUUGCUUUGAAUUCGUCUCAGCGUAUGUUGUAUUACACGUAUUGUAUGUAACAAUAAUAGGAUAUAUGUUUGGAACACUACAGGAAUGCAAAUGCCGUAAAAUGCACAUAUCACUUUGGUGGCAUCGCACCAUACGUGUUAAUGAUAACUGUUUGGCUUCCAUUCAUCAAGGAUCGGGUAGAGAUAUCGAGUUACUUAAUUCCUUUCACAGUGAGAACAUGAUACGGUGUAACGGAUAUGAGGCAAAUUCCACUGUGUAGUGGUAUUGUACUGAUAUUUCAGACUCAAAAAUAUCUUUAUGGUGACAGGUAUGCUUUGAGUCGUCGUUUACAUGUUUUAAACAUAUUUUUUUGGCGAACGUCUCAUCCGCCUAUGCGGUUCUCAACAUGCACAGGGCCAUAGAUGUUCUUAAAAAAUGUUAUAAUACAAUUUCCGUGGUUUUACACAACUCCCUGCACUUAUAUAGUUACAUAAAUCGAAAUUAUAGGUUAGUGAACAAUUGACGUCAAUUUUUAUAUGAUGCUGACUUGCAACAUGAGUUGUUUACGUACAUUUCAAGCUGUGUAAUUUUAAAAUCUAGCCGCUCAAGCGCGGUGUAUGUGAAAUGUAGCUAAGGUGUAAUCUCAAUAAGAUUUAUACGCUUUGGGGUGUGCUCGGUUCAACUCUCAACACUUUAUUUUUAUUAAUCAAUAAUAUCGAAGCUACGAAAUUAGUGUAACGAAAGUAUUGCAGUGUUCUGUCGAACACACCCUCGGACGCUUGACUUCAUGCAUUCCGACUGGUGCGUUUGGAGCAAUGCGCAGACGCCGGUUGUGCUAGGAUAGGAACGUACUUAUCGAACGUGUGGCCUGUCAAGUUCACUCGCGGAUAAUACCUGAUAACGGUUAUCCGCCAUUGAACUUAACAAGCCAAACCCUGCUCUCAUGCGCGGUGAUUCAGGGUAAGGAUGCGGCUAGGUUGUCUUGAUGACGGCAAGAACAACACAUAGCACCACAAUAAAUUGUAUAUCGAUACUCAUAUCCAUUUUCAGUAUCCGCUGAAUGUUGGAGAACUGUCAUGUUUUUAAAGUAGUGAAUCGAGAUCAUUAUAAUUUAAGUAUUGUUUUAUACAUUAUCAUUGUGUAGUCGUGCUCUCUAAUGGUUUCUUUCAUCACAUGCAGCAGUGUAUCAGUAUUGAAUAUUUUUUAUUUAUAUAACCAAAGUAAUUAGAAUUUGAAAUGUGCAAUUCGAUAGUUAUAGCUAGGAUGCAGUUUUAAAAUGUUAAGUGCAAUAUUUUGGACGCACCAGUCCUAAAAUAUAGUUGUAGCACUUUUAUGUUUUUAUGAUUUAAAUUAUUUAGCACUUUUAAUGAUAUUUAUUGUCAGAUAAGAAGCAUAAUCAUGCCUGUGCAGCUUGUGCAUUUAUAAUUCCAUUAAAAUAUGAUUAUUA